AGCCAACCAGGCCUGCUCCGACCGGCCAAUCCUCACUCCUUCUGCUGCACGGGCGGGGGAAGCCCGCGGGAGGCCACGCUCCCUCCCCUCCCCGCCCGAGAGCGCGAGCUGCAGCGUCUUGGCCGCGCGAGGCCGCCGUAGCGGGGAGUGCGUCGCCGAUUGCUGUCCGGGCGGCUUCCUGGGCAGGCAGGGUGGCCGCCAUGAGCGACAAGGGGGAGCUCGACCUGACCGGGGCCAAGCAGAACACCGGCAUGUGGCUAGUCAAGGUCCCCAAAUACUUGUCUCAGCAGUGGAACAAAGCUUCAGGAAGAGGCGAAGUAGGAAAGCUGCGAAUUAGCAAGAAUCAAGGAAGAACAGAAGUAUCUUUCACUUUGAAUGAAGAUCUCGCGAACAUUGAAGAUAUCGGCGGGAAGCCGACUUCUGUCAGUGCGCCCAGAGAACAUCCAUUCCAUUUGCAAAAUGUCGGAGGACAGACUUUAACUGUGUUCACAGAGAGCUCCACAGAGCACCAGACAGAUGAAAAAUCGGAGAGCGGCAAUGCUGAGAAGCUGUCUUUGGAAGGAAUUGUGGUCCAGCGUGCAGAAUGCCGGCCUGCAGCCAGUGAAAACUACAUGAAGUUGAAAAGGUUGCAAAUAGAAGAAUCCUCCAAGCCUAUAAGCUGGACCAAGCAGCUAGAUAAAGCUGUAACCACCAAUUACAAACCUGUGGCUAAUCAUCAGUAUAAUAUUGAGUAUGAAAAGAAGAAGAAAGAAGAUGGAAAACGGGCUCGGGCUGAAAAGCAACAAGUGUUGGAUAUGCUUUUCUCAGCUUUUGAAAAACACCAAUAUUAUAAUAUUAAAGACUUGGUGGACAUAACCAAACAACCGGUGAUUUACUUGAAAGAAAUUUUGAGAGAAAUCGGCAUCUACAACGUGAAGGGAACGCACAAGAACACGUGGGAGCUGAAGCCGGAGUACAGACAUUACCAGGGGGAAGAUAAGAGUGACUGAGAGCAGCAUCGGCCAGCAAGAGAAAAGACUGCAAAAACGGACUGGUUUGCAAGAAGCCCCCCCCCCCCCCCGUCCCCUUUUCAAAGAGGUGGCCAGGAACAGUCUGGUUGUGUGUAUCUAUGUUUUGGUAAAUAGAAUAAAUGUGUAUUAGAUUUCUUUUAACAUUUGGCAUUUUUAUCGCAUUUUGUAAGAAGGCAACAUUAAUAUGGAAUAGCAGCCCAAUUUACUCAGGUGUGAAGUUUCUCAUUAGUAAAAUCUAUGUACGGCCGUGAGUUUUUGAGUAUUGCUGAACCCCAAGGCCACGUUUAUAUGGACCUUUGCAGGAUCAUGCCUUCCCAAAGGCAGCCAGUAGAGCACCGAAGUCUUCCAUAUUGAGAGGGGGAGUUCUCUUGCUGUACGGACAAACAGUGGUAAGGAAAAAAUAACCAUUACUGAAUAAAACGUCUAGCCUGAGCACAAUACACAGCAGAUCCUGGCUUGGAUCCUGACUAGAAUUUCUGCAGCCAUGAGCUGGGUGUGUGUAUAUGUGUGCGUAUGCAGUUUUCACUGUUCUUCCCUCCCCCAGGAGACUCAGCUAUCCUUGGAGGUUUCCCCUCCCCCAGGAGGGGCAUUUGGGGAAAGGUGGGGGCUGCUGCAGGAGGGAGGAAUAAGGGGAAAUUUUCUUGCCCUCCAAAAGAACCCCCUGGAAGUUCUGGGCAGGAUCCUUGGCGAUUUGCUUUUUGUAUAAAAGACAAAUGUUUGGAGUCACUGUAUCAAUAAAAGCAGCUUUGUAAUUUG